AUGGGUAAAUUGAAGAGGAUCAAAGAAAAAGUUGUUUCACUAUCUGAUGACGAUUCUGACUGUACAAUAGAAGGUAGUCCUGGAAUCUCAGAAACAAGGGUAAGAGCUUUGUUGUUAUCAUUUCAGAUAAAGUCGAAGUGGUUUAAUAGAGAAAGAAUACUAAUUUUUUGUUCAAGAGGUUCGUCAUAUCACACUCGGCAUCUAAUGAACGAUAUUAAAUGUUUACUCCCCCAGUCGAGAUCAGAGAAUAAACUUGAUAAAAGCUUAAAUCUUACAGUCAUCAACGAACUGGCUGAAAUUAAAAACUGUACCAAAUGCUUGUACUUUGAGAACCGUAAGCACACUGAUACUUACCUAUGGAUGAGUAAUGUUGCAUCUGGACCGUCAGUGAAGUUUUUGGUUCACAAUAUACAUACUAUGGACGAAUUGCGUUUGUCAGGGAACUGUUUGAGAGCAUCCAGGCCAGUACUCUCCUUUAGCCAUUCUUUCAACAAAAAACCUCAUUUUGCCCUUAUAAAAGAGCUUAUUAAGCAGGUGUUUGCAGUACCUGAUCACCAUCCAAAAAGUCAGCCUUUUAUAGAUCACGUUUUCUCCUUCUCGUUGACGCCGAAUGGGAAAAUUUGGUUCCGUAAUUUCCAGAUUGUGGAUGAAAAGUUACAGUUGCAAGAGAUCGGACCAAGAGUGGUGAUGGAAUUGAUAUGUAUCCUAGAUGGUUCUUUUGAAGGAGCUGUUUUAUACGAUAACUCAAACUACGUUAGUCCCAAUAUGAUUCGCCGGCAGUUUAAAAAAAAGGCUCUUGAUAAAUAUGUCGCAAGAAAAAACUCCAAACUUGCACGAAAAGAAAGGGCGGAAGCCCUUAAUGCUGCCCAAAUGCCAGACCCCCUGGGGGAGAUCUUCAAUACAGACAGAGUUGUUACUGCCCCAAAGGCUAAGAAACUUAGAAGGAUCAUUGAAAAGAAGAGAAGGAAAGCUAAGAAAAGAAGUCAGUCGAACAGAACGUGA